AUGGCCUCAGCCAAAACUUUUGCUUUUGAGGAAGUUUCCAAACACAACAACAAAAAAGAUUGCUGGAUUAUGAUCCAUGGAAAGGUGUAUGAUGUGACAUCAUUUUUGGAUGAUCAUCCAGGUGGUGAUGAAUCUUUAAUUUCAGCAACAGGAAAGGAUGCUAGUGUUGAUUUUGAAGAUGUAGGCCACAGUGACUCUGCAAUAGAUAUGAUGCACAAAUACUUUAUUGGGAUGGUCGACACGUCGAACAAAUCUCCGACUGAAGUUGACUCCAAUCCGCCUCCGCGCCCGCCUACGCAAGCACGCAGCAAUAGCGAUCAGUCCUCCGGUUUUGUUUCAAAGGCAUUGCAAUUUCUGUUGCCGUUACUGAUAUUGGCAUUUGCAUUUGCCAUGCAGUAUUAUGGAAAAAAGAAACAAGUCAGUGAUGCCUAA